CCCCGCCCCGCUCCGCCGGCAUCACAUGGUGCGGGGGGGGAGGAGGAGGGAGCCGCCCCCAGCUCUCGCUUCUCGUACAGUUUCUUCCAGCCUCAGCACUCAACUCCGGUGAGGCUGGAGCGCAGCGCAGGGCUGGGCAGGGCGGGAGCCGGGCGGGCUCCGCCGCCUGCUGCCGGGGCGCCUCUCGGCAGCGGAGGCGGCGGGGAAGCGGCAAAAGUGCGCGGCGCCCCCGCUGCCUCCCUCCUUCUGAUGCCCCUUCGCGCCUGCACGCCAGCCCGGCGGCCGCGGCUCCGGGAGGAUGCGGCUCUUCCUCCUCGCCGCAACUUUCUGGGGAUUGUGCCUGGCUCCAGGCUUGGGUUUGCAGAUACAAUGCUACCAGUGUGAGGAGUUCCAGCUAAAUAAUGACUGCUCUGCUCCAGAGUUCAUUGUGAAUUGUACAGUGAAUGUUCAAGAUAUGUGUCAGAAAGAAGUAAUGGAAAAAAGUUUUGGAAUCAUGUAUCGCAAAUCCUGCGCGUCUUCGGCAGCGUGUCUGAUAGCCUCUGCUGGGUACCAGUCCUUUUGCUCUCCAGGGAAGGUGAACUCUGUUUGUAUCAGCUGCUGCAACACUCCACUCUGCAACGGACCCCGGCCGAAGAAGAGAGGGAAUUCUGGUGUGGUGCCGAGGGCACACACGAUAACCACCAUUCUGCUCCUUAAAUUGGCUCUUUUGUUUUUGUAUUGCUAAACUUCAAGCAAGUUUUUUGCCCUGACACAGUUUGUUCUGUUUCUUCCUUUCUUCAAAGCCACUGCAAUUAUUUUCUGUUUGUUUCCAAAUCCCUGUCAACAGCAAGGGAAGCUCAGUGGCUGUGGGGAGAGAGGGGCUGAUAUUUUUGGCAGCUAAUGAAUUCGGUUAGCAGAUUGAAUUUCCAGUGUGCACUUAAAAAUCCCAGCAGCAGGAUACAGAACUCCUGCUCUUUUUGCAUAAUUGGAAACAAAUCCAUCUGUGUUAUUCCUUUUAAAAUGCAGGCAAUUCCUCCGUCAUUUUAAUUCCCAUGUUUUUAAGUUCAUUGCUAAUCAUUAACU